UUUUCGCCCGGAAACAUCGUGCGGACAAGUUGUGGCUAACUUCCUGUUUUCAUAAUCCACUUGUGGAGCAGUAUAACAGAUGGUGAGGCAAAGUCGGCAAGGGGUUAAAAUGUGAUCAACGGACGCGUGUGGAAACCAAAUUAAUCGUGUUUGCAAAAAAGAAAAUAUAACAUGUCUGGGUUUAGGGAAGCGGUGUUUGUCGGCACAUCUAUCGCACUUACAGGCGGACUUGGUUAUGUAAUAUGGACGUACCUGAGCUCGGGAUACAAGCAGCCGAGACAAAAGGAAGAUCCCGGUCUUCAAACGUCAAAGCCUGAAGCAGUAGACUCCAUUGCCAAAACAGAACCCUCCACUGUGACUGCAGAGGCAGGGCAAGCCCAGAAAACUUCGGUACCCGAGUCCAAACCGGGCCAGAAGGCUAGCAACCAGGUCCUGGUACUGGGACUGGACGGGUCCGGGAAGACCAGCCUGCUCCACUGCUUCUCCACGGGCGGUCUGGAACAGGACGUGGUGCCCACCGAGGGCUUCAACGCCGUCUCCAUCAACCGAGAAGACCUGCAGAUCGAGUUCCUCGAGAUCGGAGGGAAGGAGAACUUGCGUCCCUACUGGCAGAAGUACCUGGGCAGGGCGGCGGUGCUGGUGUUCGUGGUGGACUCAUCCCGGCGCGACCUCUUCCCCACGGCCAAGACACACCUGCACGAGCUGGUGGCCCGAGACCCGCUGCUGCCCCUAGUGGUGCUGGCCAACAAACAGGACCUGGCGGGGGCGUGCAGCAUCACAGACCUCCACGAGGCCCUGGAGCUGUGCCGGGUCGGGGACCAGCGGAAGAUGUUCCUCAUCGGGACGUACGUCCAGAAGGGCGAGGUGGAGCUGAACUCCGGGGCCGAGGACGCGCGCGACCUCAUCUUCCAGAUGGUCUGUGGGGUGUGAUGACGGCGACGGCGGAUUGGUACCGGGAUUUUGUCCUAAGGGCGCCGUUUGCGAUUGUGUGUUUCUUUCGUUGCUUUGUUAUCCGCAGUUUAUUUUGCACUGGUUAGUUUGUGGUCUUUUGUGUCAGUGGUUUUUCGCCCAGGUGACUCAGGCUGUGGCAUUUCAAUUUAAAACAUGACCGUGUUUUUAUACAUGGAAUCAGAUGAGACACAAUCAAAGACCGGCACAUACAAACACCAAUGUUCUUGUUUUAAACUACUUGACUGUAUUUGCGUUUGUUUUGUUUUUUACGAGUGUUUAUGAUGGUAGUUCAGGGUUUGGUAGAUGUGUACUACUUCACCUCUUUGCGGUUUCUAUGCUUUCUGGCAGACCGAACCAGGUAAAAUUGCUUCACUAUUGACCUUGUAAAGUAAUUUUGCUCUGGGAAAAGUGUGUCAUUGUCACCAGAGGUUUAUUAUUACUUUAUUUAUAAAAGGCAUCGCAAAUAUUUUGGGGAAAAAUAAUUUGACUGACUUCUUUAUAAUUUGAGCUGAACAUGUGGAUUGUGGAUAAGAGAGCUUUUAUUGUAAAACACUCAACAGUAGCGGCGCCAAAGAAUUAUGAUUGUGGGAGCUAAAGGGGGGAGGGGGGUAGAUUGUUUAUAGCAGGUGCUAAUAUAUUUUGAGGCAAACAAAUAAUGCUAAAAACUACAAUACGAUACGAAAGCACCAAUCAAAUCACAAACAGCAACGGUCAUCAUUUACAAAUGAAAAAUAUGACUUCAUAGUCAGAAUUGUUACAUAUAGGGCAGUCCGAUAUCUUCAUGUAUAUAUGUUAGAUUGUUGUGGCGAUCACGGCCGUGGUCGCCAAGUGCCGCAAAGGAUCCUGGGAGUUGUGUGUGGUGUGUUCACAUAAAGGCAACUCGCAGGGUCGUUCAGAGUGGGGGCCACGAGAGUUGCAAACUCCUGUAACUUGGGCACCCGUAUGGUCAUUCCCGUGCUGCUCCCCACAUUACUUAAAAACGUUCAUAUUUUCGUCACAAAAUUACUGAGGUUUUUUGGAGGGGUGGGUUUGAGGGGUUCAGCCUUUAUAAGGGGGAGCUUAUUUUUUUACAGUACUAUCCAUUUAGAUGUGUCUUAGAUACAGCCCUCCUCAGUCUAUGGCAGUUUGAAAUGAGAAACUACAUUUUCUGUAUUUUUAUAGCAAAACAUAGUUGAGCCAAAGUUACAGACUUUAUAUGGUUUACUCACCAACUAGAAAAGGUCAUAUUGAGUGUCACGUUUUUAAACAGGUGUUUCUACUUAUUGUGUCUUUUCAAUUCUUAUCAUUCGCAUUUGAAAUGAUCAUAUUUGUAAAAUGAAAAUGGCUUUUAUUUUGGUAAGAUUGAGGUUAAACACAAGGUCAGCCUUUAUAAAUGCAUAUCUUUCUCAUAUACCAGCUUUGUAAAUGUCAGGAUUUUGAUUGUUGUGGUAUAAUUUCAUUGAAUAUAUUUUAAAAAAAAAAGUGUAGACCCCAAUGUUAUGUAUAAAUCCCAAACAAACUUUAAAGAACAAAUCAACUGUAUAACUUUAACGGUUUAAAUUAUCAACCCACAGUUUUAGCAUAUCAGUAAUGUAUUUUUUUACUAAAAUAAAAGGCUGAAGACA